UUCUGUGAAAAUGUUGAAUAAAUUGUGUUAGAAGAUAGUAGCCUAUUGGGUGAUGAAACCGCGUGAACAUUUACAAAAUAAUAAUUAUCGUUGAAGUGUCAAAGUGAAGUAACAGUAAUUGAUUAAUUUCUUAGAUAGCAUUCCACGAUGCGACUGACGAGCGCAUUCUUCGUGCUGGGAUGUUACUUCUUGAUUUUGGCACUCGUAAGUGGAGCACCAAGACCGGAAGAACCAACGUUCGAGCUUCCGGUACAAUUGGUCGGCUUUCCGGUGAUCGUUGCUGCUGUCAGGAUCACCAAUUUCGUGAAGAAACUCGCGUACUCGUUGAAUCCAGAGACUUACGUCAACAGAGUUAAACGUGCCCUACCUUUGGUACACGCCGAAGAAAUUCUAGACGUCGGACAGGUGGAGAAGAAAUUAGUAUCCGAACUGGGAAACAAUGUCUGCGUCUACGAGAGAAUCUGCGCCAGAUACGCGAGCAAAACUCUGCAGAAACGAAGUCGCGAACGUGUCCUCGAUUGGGAUGUCGUGUUCAGGGAAUACAAGUCUUCGCCGAAUCCGAUGAAGGAGAAUUAUUUAUUGAGCGUGUUCCUGGGCGACAUCAUAGGCAGCCCUCGGCUCUGUCAUCAGCUGGCAAAGAGAGGAAGAGGCUGCGAUCACGACACGCUUCCGGAUUAAUUGUAAACCAUCGUCUAUGCGGUGCGAAACUGAACUGCUGUACAGACUGUAAAUACUAAGAUGAUAUAAACUUCUUGUUUACUACUUGAUCGUUAAUCCCCUGGACAAGGCUGCAGCUGCAUUUGAACAACAAUUCUGUUCCUCGAAUUCCGUUCACAUGUACCCUAGUGAUCAAAAGUAAGGGACCACUUAUCGAUAAUGUAAAAUGUAUUUUUUUUAAUAUUCAACGAAAAGUGUCCAUAAAUAAUGUUAUCUUCCUAAUUGCUAAUAGCGUGUAUAUAUUUUGUACAUCAUUUAAUUGUAUUAAUAACUUACCGUGAAUUCGCAAAUACAAGUUUUUAUUUUAUAUUGCAUAAAAUAGAUGCGAACAAAACUUAUAUUUUUAAUAAAAUAACAAAUAAAA